UUUUGAUGAUCAAAUUCGAAAAAGAUCGUUUCACCUCGGAACUACAGUCAGCUGUUUUCAGCAACAAACACUACGCGGAACGCGGGUAAUUAAAAGCGUCGGUCAUUUGUUAUUUGCUCUGGCUUCCACCUGACACCAUGCCGACUUCCGAUAAAGACAACGGAGAAGCGGGCCAAUCGAAGAAAGCACGAGUAGAUCAUCAAACUAUGCCAACUAGACAGUAUUUGGAUCAAGCCGUAGUUCCCGUUGUCUUACAAGCAAUGUCUGCUGUGGCUAAAGAAAGACCAGCAGACCCCCUAGAAUUUAUUGCAAAUUAUUUAUUGAAGGAAGCAAAGAAUCGAUCAACCCAGACUUCUGAAACAGCCGCUCAGGCCAUACCCUCAGCAAGCGCUUGAACAUUGUGACAAUCUCAUUUCCAUUUAAAAAAACUAUUAAUCUAUGUAACUGCAUUUUUAUUUCAGCUGUUGACAGGAAAAAUCUCAGUGUGCAUUGGUAUGUUUCAUUUUUUUUAGGCUUUUUAGUUUUUACCAUUUCCAAACUAGAAGAAUUAAAUGGUUGCAAUACCAAAAGACAAGGAUUUAGGUAAACAAACAGAUCAGACUUGGGAAGAAUUUGAUCGGGUUUUAACUUCUUUAGAUGUGCUUGAAGCUUGAUUACCUCGACCUGAAAGAAGUGGACGAUAAUUCAUUCGACUCGAUUCAUUCAUCAUGGGCAAAUUUUGGCAGGCGCAAAUUACUGCCAAUUAAAGCGGCGUGAAGAUGAGUUAUCACAAGACAUCUACUGAUUGGGGAAACGACAGUCUGCUAGCCAGUGGAAAAACGAGAAGAUAGCGUGAGUUUUUAAAAUGCAAAUGCAAACUUCUGGUAUAGGGAAUAACGAUCCAACUUCCGACAUCUGACAAUUGAAUUACAUAUUCAACCAACAGUUUGUGUGUGAAAUCUCGGGCGUCGAUGUGAAAGUGUGGUGGUGUGUACAUAAGGAAUGGUUAAAUCCGCCUUUCGUCAAGUGGCAAAAUCGCAAUGGAGCAUCUCAGUUAAUUCCUUAAAUUGGUAUCGUUAUUAGGCUGGUUGUAGAGACAGCAGUUCCUUUCCGAGUUAAAUUGCCGGUGGUUGCUAUUGUGUCAAAUUAAAUCUGAACAAUUUUAGCGAGCGAAAAUUACUUCGACUAUGCGAAAACUCAUUUAAAGUGAAUCGGUUUAACGGCAACGCUAUACUAAGCUAACAACAAAUUAAAAAGAGCAAAUAUGACAUUUCCUAGGGUGCGUUUUCAAGGGCAUUUUCAAAAGUUGUGCUAAGGGCGGAGUUUCUUUAAUCACAGAUGUGCUUCCAUUGGCUGGCGCCUUGAACAGUCUCAUUUCUCCCAACGUACAUGUCGUGUGAUCAAGGGUUCCUAACCACGUAUCCCAGCAUUUUGUUUCAGAACAGCUGCACACAUCUACACUUUCAUCAAUAGACCUCAGUUACAUGGAAUCUUCAUCAUGAGACUCUACAAUUUCCUCGUCUUCUUCACCGCCGCCUUAUUGGCCAUCAUUUGCGCCUGUCACCUUUGGCUCGUCGUUCAAGAUCGUCUCCAUGGACAUCAAUUAAUUUUUGAUCAUCGCAACGACGCAACUAUUCAAGGGAUAACCAAACACGCAGCUCGUGUUUCUCAGUGGAAAAUAACUGAGCUAAGAGCGAUCGACAGUCAGCGAAUUUACAUGCACGAUACGACCGGCUACGGCGACUUGAACGCUCGCCAGUGCUGCUCUGUCGAAUCGGCUGCCAAAAACAAUCCCCACCGCGAAAUUCAACUGUUUGUGUCCCGCAGAGAAUUGAACGAUGACCAGCAACAGAAAUUACUGGACACUAACAGCAGUUUGACUCCUUGGCAGACUGUCCUGCAACACUACCCCAAUGUCGAAGUGAUUUCUUAUGACGAGGCCGAAUAUUUCAACGACACGACACUGGAGCCUUGGUUCACGGAAGGCCAAUGGCAGCAAAGUCGCCAGCCGGAGUUUUACCUCUCCGAAUAUGUGCGAGCCAUGUCACUUUUCAGAGGCGGAGGACUCUAUCUCGAUCUGGACUCUGUUCUCUCGUUAAAACCUUUGACUGGAUCCAAGUGGCAAAAUUUUUUCGUCGUCAGACGUAACGAUCGAGUCGAGUACGAAACCAGCACGUCCAACAAGGUCUUCCAUUUGCUACACGGCCAUCAUUUGAUCGACAUGUUGAUCCUGAAACUCGUUGAAGCCGGCGACGAGCUACAAGCGGAACCGUUCGCCACGGCCCUCGACGCCAGUCUCGAACGCAUUUGUAAUUUCAAAGAUAACGGGCUGCUGGAUCCUGGGAAUAAUCAGUGCGUCGACGUCCGAUUGAGCGAAGAGCGGGACGUUUUCCUGCAGCCACUGGACACGUUGUUCUCUAAACGAUCGUUUUCUCGGUUGAAAGAAAAUGGCGUCGGAGGAGUGAACGAGCAGUCUGUGAAGCAGUUAAUCAAAACAGUGGUCGAUGCUCAAGAAGCCGUUUUGAUGACGUGGGACUCGAUAGCCACCAUCCUCCAUCGAAACAAAACCUUUUUUGAAUCUCCCGGUUAUAUAAGCGUCACUGGGAAAACUUUGCUUUCAACGUUGAUUGCUGAAAACUGUCCAUUAACGGCAGCCCGCGAAACAAAUUUUAUUUAAAUCUUUUUCUUUAUCGAGAACUUAUAUGUAUUGAUUUAAGUGAUUUGUAAAUUUGUUUUCAUCGAUUUCAAUUUAGUUUGUAAUAGCUACUUAAAUUUUAAGGAGUAAAAUUGAUUAAUUUGUAUUAAAAUCGCGUCAAUCUUUUUAUUGCGUAAUUGGAGUGUAAUGUUCUACAGCCAUAGGUUCAAGAAGAGGCUAGAGGGCAACAAUUUUUCUAAAAAUGUAACUUGAGCCAAGUAUAUCCGGGAGGCAAUAGAACACACGAUCGUCUUCAUCACCUCCAAUAAACAACCGGUGCAUAAAUUUGAUGCCCGUAAGGCUAUAGAACUAAGUUACUUUCUUUACAAUCUUAACAACCGACAGUGUCUAGUGAGUUGAAGUAGUGUACAGUUUUAUUUCCUAGCGGGAGACCGUUUGUCAAUAUUCAUUUCGAUAUGCGGUUACACGUCAAUAAAUUAUUCAACAGCGCUCGACUAGUGGCUCAAUGGCGACUAUUCAAGAUCGCUCUAGUCUUGGUGGUGAUUGGCGGCGUUUUCUACACAACGCAAUCGACUCUUACAAGAAAUAGUGUCGAGAGUUCAGUUUCUUCUUUAAUUCCAGCAUCAGCAGUCAUGGAUAUCUUCUUUAAUAACCAAGAUACCCCAGUGGAAGAAGAAAUUGAAGAAGAAGAAUUCCAAGAGGAUGCCAAUCGUUUGAAAAUCAUUUUGUACUGGAACGAAUGGGAUUCCGUCAUGGGAAAUCAGCCGCUAAUCGACGGAUUAUGUCCAGUCACCUCCUGCAUCUUCACGCCGGAUCGAUCGCUAUUAAAUCACAGCCACGUCGUUCUCUUUUUCGCCAAUAAUGAAACGAAACUUAACGACGCCUUGCCCGAAUAUCGACAGCCUCACCAGCGAUUCGUCUUUGUGGCCCGACACGCCAGCAUCGAAUUGAAUAGUUUAAUAUCCGCACUAACCGAAGACGAUCGCAUCCGGUACAACUUUUUCAACUGGACCAUGACGUACCGUCGUGACUCGGAUAUUGUCUUCCGUGAAUCCUUUGGAGCCAUCAAAAAUGCGCCGGAAUUGAUGGGUCGAGGGAGGAAAACUAAGAAAAUGUUUUCACCGCUCCAGCUGAUGAAGAGACCAUCCGUCAGAGCGCGGGCCGUGUCCCGGAUCGGAUCCAAAAAGAAACUGGCGGCUUGGUUCCCGAAACAAUGCCACACUUCCGUCCGUCGGGAGGAAUACGCCCGCCAAUUGGGCCAACACGUUCCGGUUGACGUUUACGGCCAGUGCGGCAAUUUGUCGUGCGAUUUUGAGUGCUACCAAAACAGUUUCAACACGAUCCGGGCCGACUACAAAUUUUAUUUGGCGUUCGAGGAAUUUUGGUGCGCCGAUUACGUCACGCCGGAGUUUUACAAAGUGCUGGAUUACGACACUGUGCCGAUAGUUUUGGGUGGAGCCGAUUACGAGGCUCUGGCGCCACCAAAUUCCUUCAUCAACGCGCUGGAUUUCCCGUCGGCCGGAGCUUUGGGCCAGUACCUUUUGUUUCUGGACCGGAAUCCGGAAUUCUAUUCGAAAUAUUUCGAAUGGAAGAAAGACUACCAAGCGGUUCUCUCUCCCAAAAGUGGCUGGUGCGACUUGUGUCGAAUGGCUCACGACGUCAGUUACAAGCCGAAAAUUUACAAAGACAUCAAAAACUGGUGGAUUGACGAAGUGAAAUGUCAGAACGAUUCGACUGGAAUUUUACCGCUCGUGAAAAUGUGAACAUAAAUACAUUAUUCUAUUCAUUGUCUUAUUUAAAAUUGU